AUGGUUUUCAUUCUUUGUUCAUUUACUAUUCUCACUUUGCUUGUCAUUUUCCUCUCCUUUCUUUCUUUCUUUCUUUCUUUCUUUCUUUCUUUCUUUCUUUCUUUUCCAGUUUCUCUGUUCAUUUCAUUUUUCUUUUCUGCUCUUAGAGUUCCAUCGUGUCUCAGCCUCUAUACUCUCUCUAUCAUUUCUUUUCUCUACCUUUUCGACAUAACUCCUUUUUUUUUAUCUGUUUCAUUCUUCACUCAAUUGAAUACUUUCUUUCUCUUUUUUUCACUGAUUCUUUUUAUUUUCCUUCUGUCAAUGUCAUUUAAGGAUUUUUUUUCCUUUUUUUUUACUUCAUGUCUUGUCUUUCUUCCGAAUUCGAUUUUUUCCAUCUUUCUUUCAUCUUUCCGCCUUUUUCUUUCUUCCCAUUUUUGCCCUAAUCUUUUUUAUCUUUUUAUUGUCAUUCUUCCCUUUUCUUCUCUUUUCCAUAUUUUGCUUCUGCUUUAUUCCUGUUUUCUUCUUCUCUUUCCAAAUUUCUUACUUUUUUCUUUCUUUAUUAUUUUCUUUAUAAUUUGCGUCAUGUUUUCUUUUUUUCUUUUAUUUCCUCUUUUUCUUCCCUUUUUAUCAUUUCUGUCUUUGUUUUUCUCUUUUUUUCUUCUGACCUCUUACAGCAAUUUCUCUAUUAUGCACUUCUUCUUCUUCUUCUUCUUCUUCUUCUUCUUCUUCUUCUUCUUCUUCUUCUUCACUUUAAUAUUUUCCCUCCUCUGUUUUUUUAUGCUGGAAAUUGAAUAUAUCUUCUUGGAUUAA